CUCUAAACCGGAUGUUUGACUGAACAGUACAUGGAGCAGUACGCGGGAAAUUGGUAGCUGUGCACAAGCGGGAAGAGUUAAAAAAAUGAAGGUGGUUACUUGUGAGAUCGCUUGGCACAACAAAGAGCCGGUCUACAGCCUGGACUUUCAGCAUAGCUCCGAUGGACGCACGCACCGACUGGCCACGGCUGGAGUGGACACCACCGUCAGAUUGUGGAGAGUAGACCUGGGGCCCGAUGGAAAAGCUGUUGUGGACUUUCUGUCAAAUUUGUCCAGGCACACAAAAGCUGUGAAUGUGGUUCGAUUCAGUCCCACUGGAGAGCUGCUUGCUUCAGGAGGCGAUGAUGCUGCCAUUCUUCUGUGGAAGCUGAAUGACAGUAAGGAGCCUGAGCACGCUCCUGUGUUCCAGGACAAUGAGGAGGCUCAACUCAACAAGGAGAGCUGGUCUGUGGUGAAAACGCUCAGAGGACACAUAGAAGACGUAUAUGACAUAUGUUGGGCCAGAGAUGGAAACCUGAUGGUCUCCGGGUCUGUGGACAACACUGCCAUCAUGUGGGAUAUUAACAAAGGCCAAAAGCUCUGCAUUUUAAAUGACCAUAAGAGUUAUGUCCAAGGAGUGGCCUGGGACCCACUGGGGCAGUAUGUGGCCACACUGAGCUGUGAUAGAGUCAUGCGUGUGUACAGUACCCACACUAAGAAGAAAGCAUUCUGUAUAAGUAAACUGAGCCCUGGGCCUGUUCCAGAGGCGGAUUCUAAACCUUUCCGAAUGUUCCACGAUGACAGUAUGAGGUCAUUUUUUCGGCGCCUUUCAUUUUCACCUGAUGGGUCUUUCCUGUUUGCCCCAGCUGGCUGUGUCGAAUCUGGAGAAAGCAUUAUAAAUACCACUUACAUAUUUUCUAGAAAAGGCCUCAAAAGGCCUGUGGCUCACCUCCCAUGCCCAUCAAAGGCUACACUGGCUGUGCGCUGCUGCCCUGUGUACUUUGAAUUGAGGACCAAGAAAACAGAAGAUGGAUCUGUGGAGACUCUUCCAAAUGUGUUCCAGUUGCCGUAUCGGAUGGUUUUUGCUGUUGCAUCUGAAGACUCCAUCUUUCUUUAUGAUACACAACAGACCCUUCCUUUUGGUUUAGUCUCCAACAUCCACUAUCACACACUCAGUGAUCUAACAUGGUCACAGGAUGGGUCCUUCCUGGCUGUGUCUUCUACAGACGGUUACUGCUCUUUUCUAUCCUUCGCUCCUGGAGAGUUGGGAACUGCUCUGAAGGAGCCUCCUCCUCUAGAGCUCUUUACUCCUGUCAGUGGAGCUGAAAAGAAAGGGAAGAAAAGUUUAGGGAACAAAACCUCAUCUCCUGGUUCUCAACCAACAGUCCCAGUCCCACCGAGCACUGGUAAAGACCCCUCUGCUCUCCCAUCAGCUUCCACAGCUACACCAGAGGAAAAGAAGAUCUCAAGUGCCAAAUCCAAACCUCAGCCACGCAGAAUCACCCUUAAUACUCUUGAGGGCUGGGGAAAACCCACUAACCCUAAAUCUGCCCCUCAGAGCCCCAGUGCUAGUUCUCCUUCCACUCCUCAGCCACACACAGCUCCCCUCACACCCUCCAGCUCUUCUGCUGCUCAACCUCGGAUUGCCCCUCUAACUCCAUCCACCCCCAAAGUGCUCAACAGCACCAACACAUCGGGAUGCACUACUCCAAAAGGAAGAACCACCCCAAAGGGACCUACCCCCAGGCGGGUGUCUCUGACUCCAGUUGCAACUCGAUCACCAGCAGCCAGCUCACUCUUCACAACACCCUCAUCCACAGAGAAGGCUAAACAUGAACGGCCCUCUCCCCCAUCAGAUCCAGUGUGCCUGCCUCCAGAGUCCAAAAGACCGAAGACUGACGGUGAAUCUGCAGAGAAGAGUAGCAGCUAGACGAAAAUAUCUCUGAAGGUGUCAAUGAGAAGCCCCAUAGACAGUAUCGCUAAAACAACAAGCUCACUUGUUUGCAGGUGGUUAUAAUAUUUCUGUGAUGUAGGGUCUCUGUUUUUGUAACCUUUUGAUUAUUAAACUACAGUGAUGGGAAAAAUACUUUUAUUUAGUUACAGAAUACUGAAUACCUACAUUAAAAUGUAUUUUUUAACGUAUUCCAAUACAUGGUUCAAUCAGAGUACUAUAGUCUGAAUACUUUUACUUCAAGAUUAAUUUAAAUUAUAGUGUAAAGAGGCGACAUAUAGUAUUAAAAACAGGAUUUAAGCAUUUGAUAUCACUCACUGGAGAUGGAAAAAUGACAGGCAGUCACCACAAGAGCAGAGUUGUCUGUUAUCUCACAGAUUACGUGCAGCCUAAAUUACAUGAUCAUAUACUACCGUAAUGUAUACCUUUUGAUUUUAGAAAAGUUACCGUAUUCUGUAUACUAUUAAAUGAAAAUUAACUACCGUAAUGCAGUUGGUAUUCAGAAUACAUAUUCUCGGUACAUGUUUCAGUUAAUUUCUGUCACUGUUAAACUAUAAUCAUAUUGUAUCUUUUAUAUUGCUCUUUUAUGGAUUAAUUUGUUUUUGUAACCACAGUUGUAUUUGAAUACACAAUUGAUGCAUUUUAUUAAGAAAAAGUAUUGUAUGAAGCUUUGAAUAUGGAUAGAAAUUUGCUGAAAAUGGCAUAAUAAAGAAAAAUACUUGUGA